AUGCAUUUAUAUAAGAAGGAUGCAGGGUUCUAUGGCGGCCAUGGAAUUGUUGGGGCUCAGAUUCCUCUGGGAUGCGGCUUGGCUUUCGCUCAGAAGUACGCCAAGGAUGGGGCUGUGACAUUUGCCCUAUACGGCGACGGUGCGGCAAAUCAGGGCCAGUUGUUCGAGGCCCUCAAUAUAUCUGCGCUUUGGGAUUUGCCGGUCAUUUUGGUCUGUGAGAAUAAUCAUUAUGGUAUGGGAACUGCAGAGUGGAGAGCAGCAAAGAAUCCAGCUUAUUAUAAGCGUGGGGACUACGUUCCAGGACUAAAGGUAGAUGGGAUGGAUGUCCUUGCUGUCAAACAAGCUUGCAAGUUUGCUAAAGAGCAUGCCUUAAAGAAUGGACCCAUUAUUCUCGAGACGGACACUUACCGGUACCAUGGUCACUCAAUGUCUGAUCCUGGAAGCACCUACCGGACGCGUGAUGAGAUUUCUGGCGUGAGACAGGAGCGUGAUGCUGUUGAAAGAAUUAGAAAACUGUUAUUAUCCCAUGAGAUAGCAACAGAGAAGGAUCUGAAGGAUAUUGAGAAGGAAGUGAGGAAAGAAGUAGAUGAAGCCAUUGCUCAAGCCAAGGAAAGUCCGAUGCCAGAUCCUUCGGAACUAUUCUCGCACGUGUAUGCAAAAGGGUUUGGAGCUGAGGCGUUCGGAGCAGAUCGAAAAGAAGUGAGGGGUGUUCUUCCAUAAGUAAGCAGACAAGAUAUGGCAUUGUAUAGAUAAGUCUCUUUACACAUACACAGUAUAUCACUCUUUUUCCCUUGGAAACUACUCUUUCGUAGUAUUUGGCUUGGAUCCGUUUGAAAGCACAAGUUCUGUAUAUUUAAGGUGUCUGAAUAUAUUAAAUAUUUCAUUGAUCAAUUACUUGUGAUUAAUUAAGUCUA